AAAACAGCUGAUCCAUUUUGGCGUUGGAGGAGAACCCACAGUUACGACCACAUGUUUGUGCCGCAAAGUGUCGCAUAAUUAACGCAAUUGCCGAGCAAGUAAUGACUGUAAAUUCCAAAAAAAUCUCGAACUAAAGUGAAAAAAGUGAAGUUAUCGUCCAAUUCGUGGAACGGGUCAUGUUAGUACCCUCGUGUCACUGAAUAACCGGAAUAACUUUCUGAAACGCAGACGACAUUUCGCCCCUUUUUGCAAUUUUUCAUUUUCCUUUUUUCGAAAUAAAAUGGCUGACCGUGACAGUGCAUCGGAGAGCGAUUCGAGCUCAAUUGAUGGUGGUCCAAUUAUGAUGCCACCGUCGCCGGUAACACGUGAACAGUUGCAGAAGAGGAUUGAGUCCCUUCAGCAGCACAAUCGAGUCCUCAAGGUUGAACUUGAGACGUAUAAGCUGAGGGUUAAGGCACUGCAGGAGGAGAAUCGCUCGCUUCGACAAGCUUCUGUCAUUAUUCAAGCUAAAGCAGAGCAGGAAGAAGAAUUCAUCAGCAACACUCUCCUGAAGAAAAUCCAAUCUCUUAAGAAGGAGAAGGAGACCCUGGCUCAUCACUACGAGCAGGAGGAGGAAUGUUUAACUAACGAUUUGUCCCGAAAACUGAAUCAGCUCCGCCAGGAGAAAUGCAAGCUCGAGCAGACGCUCGAACAGGAGCAGGAGUGCCUCGUAAACAAGUUGAUGCGGAAAAUCGAGAAAUUGGAGGCUGAGACACUCUCCAAACAGAGCAAUCUAGAGCAGCUGAGGAGGGAAAAGGUGGAGCUGGAGAACACACUCGAGCAGGAGCAGGAGGCACUCGUCAAUAAAUUGUGGAAGAGAAUGGACAAGUUGGAGGCGGAGAAACGCACUUUGCAGAUUAAAUUGGAUCAACCGGUGUCUGAUCCCACGUCACCGAGGGAUCUCAACAACGGCGAUACUGCGACCAAUCUGAGCACCCACAUACAGACACUGAGGAGUGAAGUCGCAAGAUUGAGACAUACACUUCUUAUGUCACAACAAGAACAUACCGAAAAAAUGCAACGGUAUGUGAAUGAGGAGAAGCAUAUUCGCGAGGAGAAUUUAAGACUCCAGAGAAAAUUGCAGCUCGAGGUUGAACGUCGUGAGGCCCUUUGCAGACAUCUGUCUGAAUCUGAGUCAAGCUUGGAAAUGGAGGAGGAGCGCCAUUACAACGAAAUCGUAAUGUCCGGUAGCAACAUUAGAAAUCGCACAGUAUCGAGUCCAGUGCCAUAUAAUCCAUCCCCAAGCUCAUCAAGACCCCUCAGCCCGGGGGUAAAUGUCGUUGGCUCAACAUCUCGCGACACCUUCACGUCCAAUCGAUGCUUCGCCUGUGGACAGAGUAUGAUGAUACCGUUCUCCAGCUCACCACCACCGACAGGAGCUCACAUAGGGCCGCCGACAGGCAGACGCACUUCAGACAGAUUUGUGAAGCCAGCGAUUCCUCCGACAAUUGUGAGCCCAGGGGGCCCACCACUGGCAGCACCUACAGUGAACACAUCUGUUGGAUCACCCAUGGACAUCGCCAAAACAUAAAUUUACCACUUCAUUAUUCACUUCCCAUUGACAUGUAAUCGGUAAAGGUACCCCAUUAUUAUUUUUCUCGUUUAUUCCUAAGCGUAUUCAGUUAUGAGGAAAAGCACGGCUCUGUCUCUUGCUCUGGAGUAGGAGGAUGAACAAGGAGACAGCAAUCAAUUUACCCAAAUAAUUUUGUAACUACUCAUUGAAGUACUUGAACGAAUAAGGUUCACUAGUGGAGUGGCAAAAGAGUUCACGGGAAACUUGGCAACUGCUCAGAUCUUAAUGGCAGACAGAAAAUUUUUUGUAGAGCUACUCGAGGGCUGAUAAAAAGGUCAUUACGAAAAUUUUUCGUUUUGUUCCUUUGUUAUUGCAUUUAAUUUGACGAUUUGGUGAAUUAUGAAAUUAUCUUGAACAACAAUUUGGUAAUAUUUGGAAUUCUCAAGGGUUUAGAAUUUUACUCAAUAAUUUCCUGAGUGAGAAAUUUUAGAGGACAAUGUCAAGAGAAUUGUUUCCAUCUUUCAAAAUUUCUUGACCUCUUCUCACCAAUCGUUUUUUGAAAACAAUUCGAGGAUAUAAAAAUUCAGUUGUCGAGACAGUUCCACAAUUAACAGAGUAUUUCGUUUACAAAUUUCGUUGCAUGAAUUAUUAGAACUCAUUUUUGUCCUUCAGAGUAAAACUGAAGUAUUCAUAUGCCCCAAAAACUCACAAUCCGUCAGCCGACAUUUUCCUCACUCGAAGUUUAACUGAUAAUAUCGUGUCCUUUUUUCAAUUAAAAAGUAAAAUAAAAUUAAAAAAAAAAACAAUUUUCAAGAGUAAUCCAGUGUCAUAAUGUCAAAAUAAUUGAAUGUUCGUGUGUGUCGCUUGUACGCUUCCACAGACCUUAUAAUCUCAAUGUAGGAAACUUCAAAAUCAUUAAAGAAUCAUAUUUUCAACGAAAAAGUCAGAGAUAAAGAGCUGAAAAAUUAAUAAAAAUCUCAUCCCAGCUAUUAAUAUAAACAAGAUGAAUCAUUCAAUCAUUAAUAAAUCAGCACGAAAGUAAGAAAAAAGUCCUAAUAAUUCAAAAACAAUAAACAGUUAUUCUCAAGAGUAAUGAACAUAAUUACAAAGUAAAAGAUAAAUAAAAAUAAAGUUUGAAUGUUAAGUCUUGUAUACCUAUAUUUUUCUCGUUUAUAUAAAAUCGCCUAAUUAAUGAAACAAAUGUAAUACUAUGGAUUAAUAACUGUGUUGAAAGUGGGUAUGUUACUGGGUCAAUUUAAUAUUUAUCAUGAAUAUUAAAAAAUAAUUACGUAUUGAAGGUAUGAGUCACGUGUGACACCGAUCUAAUAUUUAGAAAUCAAAUAAAAAAAAAUCAUGUGAAUGAGAUAUAAAAUUAUAAAGAUGUUAGCGAGUGUAAACUGAUCUGUAAGCCUCUUGAAUUUAUCUUUGCUGGUCUUUUUGGAAUGAUUAUCGUGUCCGGACACGAUUUUUUCGUGAAAAUUGAAAUUCCAGACUCGGGGAAGGGAGUGAAAGGGCACUUUUUGUGGAAAAUUUAUUUCUCCACAAAAAAGUGAGAGCCAUUUUUUGAUAACCCGAUGGAUUCGGAAAUUUUGAAAAAAUAGUAUGCACGUGAUUCUCCGAAAAAUCUUCUUGGAUUUGAUGACUAAUUUGCUUGAUGAUUUCCCUUUUUUUUACUAUGGUUUAUUGCAUAUAGACAGAUAAUCGAGGCUUACGAAUAAAAAUUGAUAAUAAUCACUAGAAGCGUGAGGAUCAUACUCGCGAAUUGCAUCGUCAACUGCCACAGAAACUUAAAUAAAUUGUUCUAUUGGAUAUUCGACUGAGUGCAUUUAAUCCUCUACGAUCAGUUGAAAUCAGAGUUAGCAGUCUGUGACAUUCGUUGAUCAAUAUAACUAUUGGCGAUUAGUUAUUUCAUAUGCAAUUCGUCAAGAGUGAAUCUGUAUCAAGUAACGAAGCAUAAACUAACAACUUGAGGAGGAAUAAAGCAGAACAUAACGAGAAAAGCUAAAAAAAAAUUUCCUCUCGUGAUAUGCCUAGAAUUAUCUCGACAACUAGUUCGGCAAGAAAAUGUCAUAAGAGAAUUUUCGUAGAACAUGUCAUCAGUUACGGAGAAAGUUCUUGCUGAUUGCCUCCUAAAAGUGUUCGUUAUCGAGGUAUAACAACUUUUACGAAAAAUGAAAUUUCACGAAAUCGUUGUCAAACGUUUCCAUCACCAAAUGAAUGAAAAAUUGUCACAAUUGUACUCUCGGUGCUUUAAAAUACAGAAAUACUAUUCAAUCAA